UAAGGGGAACGGGUACACUUCAGCAAGGGAGGAGGAAGAAGACGGGACCAAAUAGAUAAGUUAUUAUAGCUAUGGAGUCAUAAUUUUGGGGCAAAGGGGGUAGUGGUGGUAAGGGUUGGGGGUGUGUGGAUAAAUCACGUUUUUUCUCUUUUCUUUUUUUUUCUUGAGAAAAUUGCCUGGGCGAGAGAGAAGGAGGGAGUGAGUGAGAGAGAGAGAGAGAGAGAGAGAGAGAGAAAGAGAGAGUGGAGUUGAGCUAAUUGUAGCCUAAUCCCAUGGCCCAGAGGCGCUCGGGCACCCCGGAGCAGGAUUUUUCUCUUUUCGAGCUUCGCUCUGUUAUUUAGAGACGGAUUAUUGGCUUUAUUCUUCUCAUAACAAACCACAGGGGCAGUUGCGUUUAGGCAAAAAAAAAAGAAAAAAGAAGAAGAAGAGAAUACGCUGAAAUACGAAGCAGGAUUCCAAACAAGAGCGCACAUCUUCUUCUUUUCUCCCCCCCCCUCCUCCUCUCUCCCCUAUCUCACGCGUAUCCAAAUAAGAGCGGCGCAGAGGAAGGAGACCAGCUCAUCCAUGUACAAGGAGGGAAGAAGCAUGUCACGGCUGUCUCUGACCCGGUCCCCGGUCUCUCCUCUGGCCUCCCAGGGGAUCCCCCUGCCGGCUCAGCUGACCAAGUCCAACGCCCCGGUGCACAUCGACGUCGGGGGACACAUGUACACCAGCAGCCUGGCGACCCUCACCAAGUACCCGGACUCCAGAAUCAGUCGCCUGUUCAACGGCACCGAGCCCAUCGUGCUGGACAGCUUGAAGCAGCACUACUUCAUAGACCGGGACGGAGAGAUAUUCCGCUACAUCCUCAGCUUCCUCAGGACCAGCAAGCUGCUGCUCCCAGACGACUUCAAGGACUUCCACCUGCUGUACGAGGAGGCGCGCUACUACCAGCUGACGCCCAUGAUCAAGGAGCUGGAGCGCUGGAAGCAGGAUCGCGAGCAGCGGCGAAUGGGGCAGCCCUGCGACUGCCUGGUGGUCCGCGUCACGCCCGACCUGGGCGAGAGGAUCGCCCUGAGCGGCGAGAAGGUCCUCAUCGAGGAGAUCUUCCCGGAGACGGGAGACGUCAUGUGCAACUCGGUCAACGCCGGCUGGAACCAGGACCCGACGCACGUCAUCCGCUUCCCCCUCAACGGCUACUGCCGGCUCAACUCUGUCCAGGUCCUGGAGCGCCUUUUCCAGAAAGGCUUCAGCGUGGCGGCGUCUUGCGGAGGCGGCGUGGACUCAUCCCAGUUCAGCGAGUACGUGUUGUGUCGCGAGGACCGACGGAGUCUCUGCCUCAACACGCCCAUCAGGAUAAAACAGGAACCGCUGGACUAAGGCAUCCUGGGAGAGGGACUGACAACCCUACCAACACUCCUUCCAUCUCCCCCCACCGCCCCAUCCCAACUACCCCAUCGCAACCAGCCCCAACGUACCGAAGUAUUAGCGGAGGCGUGUUAACCUCGCCGCCUCUGCGGAACUCUUAAGGGGAAUGUAGUACCAAACCAAGGAGGAAAAGAAAAAGGUUUUAAUUAUGUGAAAUGACGCCAGAAGAAUCUGGGACUGUGAUGAAAACAGCAACGACGACUCGACUCACGCAGCUCACUUGAACCAUUUUAGCACCGUCAUUGAUUUAUUUUUUCUUAAUUCUGAUGAGAAAGUGGUCCUCAACCCUUUUUGGAGUGACCUCCUCCCAACACCCUGAAACACACACACCACCCUUCAUCCCCUCUGUCUGUGGUGUAUCAUCCGGUGUCGGUAUGAGGCCCAUGUCUGGUCUGCUGAGGGACAAGAAAGUAUCGGCAGACAGGACACUGUUAAGGAUGAUGACAUGAGGAGGACAUGAUCUCACCUUGCCCCCCAAAAAGGGCCCAUAUCGACUCUCAACCCCCCCACACUCUCCACACAGGCCUGGCGACUGGGCGCCUCGCCGAAAGACAUCAUCGUUCGCCAAACUGAUUGUUUAUUACAAUUUUCAUUGUUGUUUCUAAAGUAUGUACUUCUUGAUCUUUUUGCUGUUCUUCUCAUGACACGGUGUAUACAAUUAUUAUUAAUAGGAUUCAUUUUAAUGUCUCUUUUCCUCUCUCCAAUAUGAAGGAUGUAUGGACGUUGUAUUCAUUAGGCUUUGAGAGCUUGCGAAGAGAGCGUUUUCCUGGCAGGAGCUUCAGAAACUCGGAUGCCCGCAGGCUAUGUGGCUAAAGCGAUCUGGUUUGAAGUCAGAAAAAAGUCCCAUUGUUAAAACGGGGAUGGAAGAAAAAAAGAAUAAGAAAUGAUAGUCAAAUGUCUAGCACACAUACAAAAAAGUGCUCUAGAAUUGCUGCCAAUUAGCUGAAGAACAUAUCCCGGGUCUCUGAUCCGGUGGGCAAGAACCUUUCCUUGUAUUUAGCAGAAGCUUCAGGAAAUCCAGGUAGAAGUUGCACAGGCUCUAAGUGUAUUGUGACUUUGUCGAGUUAGAAUGUUAAAGGCUUAAUGACCAACGUGGAGGUUUACCAGUAUGUGAAUGGCGAAUGGACGUACUCUAAAUGCUCAAACCUUUCUUUGCACUUAAAUCGUUUCUUACGGCGCUGGUCUGCCCCGUUACGGCCCGACACUUGUUCUUACCCUGUCAAGCAGUUUUAUUGUCCCGUGUUUCACUAAAACGCUGAAAACAAACAGAAGUUGUGUCGAUUUUGUCUAUAGUUCGGACGUAAAGUCGCCAUCUAUUUAAACAGUUUAUAGCUAAGAAAAAAACGACACGAUGCAGGAAAAAACAAACUGAAUGAAGAGCAGCACCAUCCGUUCCUUCCUCCAGUAGCUCACAGUACCUUCAGAUUAAGUUUGAGAAACUAAGUCUCGGCCUGUUUUAAUACUGUCACAUCUAAGCCAAGAUUACUCUGACGGUUCAUCUGAUGCACGUAUGGCUGAACGCGGUGUGAACCGUACUCCCGGCUCCUUCACAAAGAGGCGAGUGGGCGGCAUUUACUCGCUCCCGCUCUCUGGGCCUCGUUCUCAAACAUUUCUGCAUCAAAGACAGAAAUACAAGAAAGGCCAAGUCUUCAAUGCUUUGUAUUUGUAUUGUAACUUACAGAUGCUGUUUCUUCCAUUGUGAAAGACUGAUAAAAAAGGAGAAAAAAAGAAUAGAGAAGUCCAUUCUGAUCGUGGUGAGCGCUGGCGUCUGUUUGAGUUAAACUGAGUUAAAGAAAAGUCGUAGCUCCUCCGACCACGCUGCCGCAAUAUCUGAUGAAACAGGCCCGAUGAGCGGGUAAAGAUGAGCUCGGUGCGAGUGUAGCUCGCAGCCCGGAGCCCACCCCCCCCAAGGGGGUCUCGCUCACAAUCAGGCCCAUCUUUGUUCUGACCUGCGCCUUUGCCUCCAGUCGCCUCAAAGGGAAUGGUCAACCAGGCCUUUUCAUGUCGGGCAGCGCUCCUCGCCCCCUCUCCCUCCCUUCUCCCUCCCUGAGGGCUUGCAUCUCAGCGGCGCUGUGUACCCCUCCCCGUGGCCACCCCGCUGUGUCAUCCCCAUCCCCUGCUUUUUUUUUUUUCUCCAAAAAAAACGAACCGUGGCCCCGCCGGACGCGAACACGGCUUCAGACCCAGUGCGCCCAGAAGCUACUGGACAGACGAGGCGUGGGACCCCUACCUCAAACACAAGCCGGGUCUGAGAGGAAGGAAGAAAGGCGUAGUUUCUCCCCAGUGUGGCAUUUAGGAAACACAGUGGACUCUAAUCGCACAUUCGGAUAAAAACCACGAGCGGUUGUUGUUCCCACCUGAGCGUAAAGCGAGGAGAGGGAACCUGAAGCCCCACUUCUCCACCUGCUGUUUUAGUCGAGUACUAAAGGUCAACAAACUCUACCGGAUUGGGAACUUCAUAGGCAUGCCCCCCCCCCCCCCCCCCAUCCAGAUGAAGUGCUGCUCAGCGUUUCAGCCAGCUCACACAGAAAUCACGCCACCUCCGAGGCGGGUCAGCUGUACAGUUAUUGUAUAUUGAACUACAAGGACUCGGGGGUUCUACUGGACCCUCGGGUUUUAAAGAGACCUCUCAGUCCGCCUGGCGUAAAAGAAAACAAGAAAAUGCAAAGAAUACAAAGCGUCGCAUUGUGUACAUAUGGAUUCAAACGUUUCAAAUGGGUAUAAUAAGGUGCAAAUGUAUAUUAUUUAAAGUGUUUGAAAACAAUUAGACUGUGGUAUUAAAAGGGCAUGUGUUCAUUUGCAGUGUCUCCAUUUGACUUUUCUUGCAUAUUUGCGAUAAUAAAAGGAUGUACUGAUGUAUGCCUGCCUGACGUGU